AUGCGAGCUAUUGAAGGGGCAGCUGACCUGGGUGCACAACGUAUCAGUUUUGAAUUAGACUAUUUGACAAUGAUUUCUGCACUUAAAGGGCGGGACUACGAUGCUGCGGAGCUAGGAGUUCUCUUCAGAGAAGAAAGAAGCCUGUGCCAUGCCUCCUUUGUUUUCUUUGAAUUCAUGUUUUGUCCCCGGAAAUGUAACCAUGUGGCGCAUGCUUUGGCCCAGUUUGCUAUGGGUGCUGUUGAACCACUUCAUGUGUGGGCGAAUGUUGCCCCAGACUUUGUUUCUAUCUUGGUGAACGCUGAUAUGGCUUCCCAAGUUUAA